CAAUCUCAGUUUUAACCGCAAGAUCGCCACGUGCGAACGCGAUAAUGUUUUUCGAAAGUUUUCUUUUAAAUCUAGCGGUCCUAGUCGUUUUGAUCGUAGCCCUGACUUUUGAUUACGUGACGAAGUUCUUCAGCUACUGGUACAUCAGAGAAAUACCUAACAAAACUCCUGUACCCUUCUUCGGAACGGAUUAUCACAGAAUUUUGGGACUGAGGAACACAACAGAAGAAAUAAACAAACUUUACAAUGAAAACUCUAAGGAGAAAUACGUUGGAUGUAUCAAGAGCCGUAUGCCGGAUUUGAUUAUCAAGGACCCGGAUUCGGUACAAAAGAUUCUGUCUACAGAUUUCUCAAAUUUCCAUUGCCGAGGCUACGGGCUGGACAGAUCUCGGGAUGUUUGUCUACGAAACAAUUUGUUUUAUGCCGAAGGAGAAAAAUGGACUCUAUUGCGAAGGAAAUUUGAGCUAUUAUUGAAUACCAUGGACGAUAAAAUUGAAGACAGUUUACAUGACUGUUUGUCAGGAACCAAUGGAGAUGCGAACGUUCAACAAUUAUUGUCUGGUAUAUUGGACGUUGUGUUUAAAGAUUUGCUUAUCGAUAAUAAUUUAGCGGAUCCCUUUGUUAUAAAGAAGCUAAGAGAAACAAUGCAACGGAGAACACUAUUUGAUAAACUAAAUAGUUAUUUGAAGGAUAUUUUUCCUUCAAUAUACGUUAUGCUGGGAUUGAACAUUUUGCCCGAGCAAUACUUUAACAAAUACGCCCAAGUUAUAAAAGAAUCUAAGUUGAUGAAGGAUAUUGAAAAGACGGAUUCAAUAUCCCAAGAGGAUAUACACAAUGAUAAACCAUACAAAAAGGGAUCUAAUUUGGAGACGGCCUAUUCUUAUUUGGCCGUUUUCAUUGGAGAAGGUUACAUACCAUGUCAUUACGUCCUUACGACUUUGUUGUUUGAGUUAGCGAAAAAUCCUGAUGUACAACAAAAGGCAAGGAGUUGUUUACAAUGUUCAGAAGAAAAUCAUUACUUAGACAUGACUCUGAAGGAAGCUCUAAGAUUGUAUCCAGCAUAUUCAGUAAUCACAAGGAAAUGCAUUAAAACCUAUACAUUCCUAGGGAAAACUUUGCAUCUCGAUAAAGGAGUGACAAUAAGUGUUCCCGUUGAAGCAAUUCAAAGAGAUGAAAAGUAUUACGAAAAUGCAAACGAAUUCAAUCCCGAUCGUUUUUAUAAUAAAGAAGAUGUUACUAAGUUGACUUAUUUACCUUUUGGUGCUGGACCUAGAAAAUGUGUUGGUGAACGAUUAGCAUUACGUAUAAUUCGGGCCGUGGCUGCUAACAUUUUGAAGAAAUAUCAAAUUGGAAAGUGUGAUGUCACACCGGAGACACUGAAACUGACUGAUCAUAACUUUUUAAGGGUGGUUGAUAACGAUUUAUGGUUAAGAUUCAAGCCUAUUUCGUAGAUUAAUAAAUGAUAAGUCUCCUUAUUUAAGUGCUAAUUUAUUUUAUUUAAUAAAUUUUUAGUAACGUAGUUAUUAAAGAAAAUAAAAACUUAUAAAAAGUGCAGUGCCAUUUCAAAAACCUGUACAGAAGAUAUCACCACAUACCUACUGUUAAAAUAUUUAUAUGGUUACGCAUACUAGUUUUUACUAAGUACAAUUUUUUCAAGU